CGUUCCAAUGGCUUUGGUCUUAUAUCUUCCGGCAACAAUCUCCAAUCAUCUGCUAACUGGUUUUUGCUGAAGCUUUUCUGCUAUUCUCUGCCUCCGAAACCGUUUCGCCACAGUCUCAAGCUGGGUAUUGAGGGGAGCAGCUCUCAGAGUCACAGUCUGGUGAAGGAAGGAGCUGUGUGUGUAAACAAAGCCUGUAGCUGUGAGACCUGUAUUUCAGACCGUGGUAUUUCCCAUUGGUUUGAUGUGCGGUUUAAUUCAAGUAUUCAGCCACAAUUGACCAGCAGCAAUGAAAAGAUCCCUCACGACAUCCUCCUGUGGUGGUUGGGAUUACAGUCUCGGCGCCCGAAGAUGAGGAUGAUGUACAGCAGACUUUUUGAGACUAUGCCGAAGUUUAAUUCUGUAGAGAAUAGCCGUUCCUGUCAUUGCCGGAGAUGUGCCAUUGUUGGAAAUUCUGGGAACCUCAAAGGAUCAAGCUAUGGGCAGCUGAUUGACUCUCAGGACUAUGUAAUAAGAAUGAACAGGGCAGUGACCAAGGGAUAUGAGUUGGAUGUGGGCAAGAAAACCACCCACCACUUCAUGUACCCAGAGAGUGCAAAGGACCUGGGAGCCAAUGUUCAUCUGGUACUGGUCCCAUUUAAACCUCUGGACCUGCUGUGGGUAGAGAAUGUCCUGCUGAACAGAAACUUCUUUCUGAUGUUCAGGAAACUGAAAGGUCCCAUUACUGCUGAUCGCGACAAGGUCAUCAUCUUUCAUCCAGUCUUCUUCAAAUAUGUCCAUGACAAAUGGACUGAACAUUAUGGGAAGUACCCAUCCACUGGGAUGCUGGCUCUUAUCUUUGGGCUUCACAUCUGUGAUCAGCUAUCGGUAUUUGGCUAUGGUUGGGACAGGCAAGGCAACUGGCACCACUAUUGGGAAAAUAAUCGGUUAGGUGGAGCAUUCCGUGUAACAGGAGUACAUAAUGCAACCUUCGAGAUGAAUGUCAUCACCCGUUUGGCAGAAAUUGGGAAAAUCCAACUAUACAGGGGCAGACCUGGAACUUCCUGAACUCAGCAAAACGAAACUCGCCAAACUACAGCUAUUCAUCACAGAGACUGAUCCAGUUAGAAUACACAGAAACAAACCUGACAGCUGGGAGGAGCUACGAUGGAUAGAACUACUGGUGUUCUCUUCCACCAGUGUUCUGUAAACCUCAGGCAAAGUAUUUUAAGAUGAGCUGAUGGUUUUCAGAAAUCAAUUGCAUCGACUUAGAUUCUGUCCCCAAAUAAAAGUUGAUCUGUAACAUGAAUGGCCCAGAUCCCUCGUUCUGGAUCAGGGAGCCAAAGGCUGGCACGAUCCCAAAGCAUGGCCUCUGUUGUUUUGAGUUAUUUAACCAGAAAGGAGCAUCACCGGCUCGAUCAACAUUUGUUGCCCUUUUUUAAUUGCUGUUCAGAAGGUGGGCUGUCUUCUUAAAUCACAAUGACGUAUUUUAUUUAAAACACAACAGAGAUUUACUCAGCCAUUUCAGAGGGCCUGGUUAAGAGCUAACUACAUUGCUGUAGGUCUGGAGUCACAUGUAGGCCUGGAGUCACAUGUAGGCCAGGCCAGGUAAGGAUGGUAGAAUUUUUUCCCUAAAGGACAUUAGUGAAUCUCUUGGGUUUUCAUGGCAAUGGAUUGUUUUCAUGGUCACUUUUGCUGAA